GGCAGCAACCCGCCGACCCUCCCGCUCCUGUCACUCCCGGGAUGCCGCUGCUGGUUAGCAAUUACAGCUGGCAGCAGACCAAGACUGCGGUCUUCCUCUCCUUGCCCCUCCGAGGCGUCUGUGUCAGAGACGCGGACGUGUUCUGCACCGAAAACUAUCUCAAGGUGAACUUUCCUCCAUUUUUAUUUGAGGCAUUUCUCUAUGCUCCCAUAGACGAUGCAAGCAGCAAAGCAAAGAUUGGGAAUGACACUAUUGUUUUCACUUUGUAUAAAAAAGAAGCGGUCAUGUGGGAGACGCUUUCUAUGUCAAGUGUGGACAAAGAGAUGAUGCAGAUAAUAAGAGAAAAAUCUAUUUUACAAGCACAGGAGAAAGCAAAGGAGGCUACAGAAGCAAAAGCUACAGCAAAGCGAGAAGAUCAAAAAUAUACACUAAAUGUCAUGAUGCAGAUUGAAGAAGAAGAGAGGAAGAAGAUAGAAGAUAUGAAAGAAAAUGAACGAAAAAAAGCAACUAAAGAAUUGGAAGCCUGGAAAGAGUGUCAAAGAAAAGCUGAAGAACGAAAAAGAAUUCAGAAAGAAGAGAAAUUACAUCAACAAGAAAAGCAAAUUGACGAAGAAAGAAAAAAAUUAAGACAUAAAAAUCUCACUAAAAAUUCAACAUCUAAAAAUCUUGCCACAAAAGAGAGAAAUUCAGAAAAUAUAUUUUUGGGGAAGUUAAAGGAAGACUGUAUUCCUGCACCUCGCUCUGUUGGAAAUAUUAAAAUCAACUUCACCCCUCGAGUAUUCCCAACUGCACUCCGUGAAUCAAAAGUAGCAGAAGAAGAGGAGUGGCUACAUAAACAAGCUGAGGCACGAAAAGCGAUGAAUACUGAUAUUCCUGAAUUUUGCGACUUAAAAGAAGACGAAAAGAACCCAGAAUGGUUGAAGGAGAAAGGAAACAAAUUGUUUGCAACAGAGGACUAUUUGGCAGCUAUUAAUGCAUACAAUUUAGCCAUAAGACUGAAUAACAAGAUUCCUCUAUUAUAUUUGAAUCGGGCUGCUUGCCACCUAAAACUAAAAAACUUACACAAGGCCAUUGAAGAUUCUUCUAAGGCUCUGGAGUUACUGACACCACAUGUUGCAGACAAUGCUAAUGCAAGAAUGAAGGCACAUGUACGACGUGGAACAGCAUUCUGUCAACUGGAAUUGUAUGUAGAAGGCCUACAGGAUUAUGAAGCUGCACUUAAGAUUGAUCCAGCUAACAAAAUUGUGCAAAAUGAUGCUGAGAAGAUUCGGAAUAUAAUUCAAGGAACAGAAUUAAAAUCUUAAUGACUUCAAGAAGCGACUAGGUACUAGCAUUAGGUAUUAUUUUAUGUUUUUCAAAAAUAACUGGAGAGACUAGGACUAUUUGUACAUAUUAUGGCUGAUUGUGCAUACUCUUUAGUACUCUUUGUGAAGAGGGGAAAAUAUUAUAAAUCUAUAGAAAAAGAAAUGUUUGCUUUGAAUCAUUUUUGAAUAAGUAAAUCAAAAUAAGAAUAAUCUAUUUUAAUAGUUUGCUUCCUCACAUUAGCAGGCAAUUUAUACUUUUUAAAAAACUGAAUUACACUUGUUCUUUUAACAAAAUUGUUUGACUCCAGAACACUUACUGAUUUUUAAUGUUUAACAAGGUAGAAUUUGUUUUA